AUGCCCGCUCCGACGUCGUCGGAGGCUCGGCCCGUCGGCCCGAUCGGCCUUUCGGCCCGCCUACAGUCGAACGGCAUGAAGCAGUGCUGGGACUCGCUGGUGGAGCUCCAGUCGUGCACAGGGGAGGUGAUCCUCUUCUUCCUCAACGGCGAAACGUACCUGGGCCCGAGCUGCUGCCGGGCCAUUCGCGUCAUCGAGCAUCACUGCUGGGCCACCGACGUUUUGCUGGCGUCCCUUGGCUUCACGGCUCAAGAAGGAGACAUACUGCGCGGCUACUGCGAUCCAACAAACGAUUCCUUCGACCCGUCGACGCCGACGCCGACGCCGACGUCGCCGCCGGCCUCGCCGUCUAUCUCUCCAGGGCCAGCAUCCCACUAG